AUGGUGCGAUCGAUGGUGCGCGCGCGUGUGGUGGCGCGGGGGGGGGGGCGCGCGGGACGACGACGCGGGGGCGGGCAUUCGAGGACGGGGAAUUCGAGGACGCGGACGAGAGCGAUCGAGGGACGACGACUGGACGAGGGAUAUAACUGCGUCAUUCGCGAUGACGGCGUGAUCGUGGCGGAGGAUAUCCCGAGCGGGACCUAUGAAGUCUCCGCGUGGUGGGCGGGGGCGAGAAACGAUGGGAAGGGGAACGCGCCGAGGUGCGAUAGCGAACGGCAACGCGGGUGCGAGGUGCGAUGCGAACUCACGGAGGACGGAGACCUCGUGUGCGAGGGGCUGGAGAGUGGAACGUACAACGUGAUGAACGUGAAAGAUUUGGACGAGGCGUGCGUCGUUGCGAUGGAUGGGACGACGAUCGAGUGCGCCGGCGCGGGUUCACCGGUCGAGAAAGAUACGGGUGACUUGAAUCUCAAAGAUAGCGCGCAACACGGCACGCGUCUCGGUGGUUAA